AUGUCGUUGGAGUCGUGCUCAAGCGUUGCCGGCGCGGACUGUGACGUCGUUGUUUUCGUCAACGACACCAUUCGAUCACUUGGGUCAGAAUUUUCUUCGAUUGAAAAAGCCCUCACCAAAUUCGAGGAGGUAAAUCCUAAAUUCUUCGAGUCGUGUGAGAUUAUCCCAUUCCUCGAGCACCGCUGUCAAAGAUUGAUCUACUCUUCUACUGGGGCCCUCCAUGGAGAUGUUGCAGACAGCCGUAACAUUUCGGAUGCAGCUUUCAAAGCUCUCAAAAAAGCACAUCAUAUUGGUUGCCGGAAACCUCUCCUGGUACUCGGAGGCAUUGCAUCAGGACCAAAAGACGCUGUCUGGAUGCAGAAAGAGUUUCCACUCCUCAACGCCAUUAUUGGUGCUCUACACGCUCUCUACAACCCACUUGAACUGCGUGAAGCGUUUCCGGAGAAGUCGACCAAGUUUGAUUGUCUGUCGGUGUUUGGUGCCUCGGAGAAGAUAUUAAAGGUGGCCUAUGCGAUAGAGGAGGGCCGACGCGUGGCCCGCGACAUCGCCGGAUCGGACCCGGAACGAAUGUCUGCCCCUCGAAUUGUUGAAUACCUAAAGGAUGAAUUUUCUUCCUCGGCCGAGGUGGUGCUGGAGACGCAGGAGGUCGAGGCCUGCGCAUACCCUCUCAUGGCCGCCGUUAAUAGAGCGGCUUCGGGAAUUAAGCGGCACAACGGAAAGGUGGUUCAUAUGAGUUAUACGGGCGGUUCGACGGUGGACACAACACUUUUUCUAGUUGGCAAGGGCAUCACCUUCGACACUGGCGGUGUGGACGUGAAGGCGGGAGGUGUGAUGGCGGGCAUGCAUCGAGACAAGUCAGGCGCAGCAGCAAUAGCGGGCUUUUUCAAGACGCUGAGUCUGCUGAAGCCGAAGGGCCUCUGUGUCUACGGUGCGCUGUCCCUUGUGCGCAACAGCAUCGGUUCCGAUGGUUACGUGGCGGACGAGAUCAUCACCUCACGCGCUGGUCGACGCGUCCGCGUGGGUAACACCGACGCUGAGGGGCGUAUGGUAAUGACUGACCUGCUCUGUGAGGCUAAAGAACAGGCACUGAAUGCCGUCAAUCCAUUUCUUUUUACAUUUGCUACACUGACUGGUCACGUGAUUCGCGCUUAUAAAUGCUACACUGCUGUCAUGGAAAACGGUCCCGCACGCAAGCGCAAUGUCGCCAGCGACCUGCAGAGGGCUGGCGAUCAAGUCUCUGACAUUGCUGAGAUCUCGACAAUUCGCAGGGAAGACUACGAAGUCGUCAAGGGUCAUACCGAGUACGAGGAUCUCCUUCAGUGCAAUAAUCUUCCUAGCAGUGAAACUCCUCGUGGGCAUCAGUUUCCCGCCGCCUUCAUGAUUGUCGCUAGCGGCUUGGACAAGCACGGACUAGGAUGUGACAUGAAGCAAUUACCAUAUACGCAUCUUGACAUCGCUAGCAGUGCUGGUCUCAUUGACACUCCCUCCACUGGUGCCCCGCUGAUGAUGUUUACCAGCAUGUAUGUCCUUCCUCGUCUCUGA